CCACAUAAAGACUAGUCAGCUCUCAUCGCCGCAAAGCGUGCCUCGGUCUGUCUCACCUUCAGCUGGCCGAUACCCUCGACUGGAAUACCCGACUGACAUUCAAAACAAGAAAUAUUUUAAAAAUCAUUCACGAGAAAAGGCUCCGUUGCCAACGAAAUUAUAACAGAAGAAAACAUAAUUGACUUAACUCGGUUAUCAUCAGAAUUACUUAAUUCUGAUAUUACUGGUGUAGCCUAUUUGUUCAGUUAGAUAUCCAACAAAGAUUAUUUUCUUUUCCGCAUUAAUGUUCAUGCCGAUUUUCGCUUAAUCUUAUCUUUCCACAGGUGAAUUCUACACUUGUGUUCGCUCAUUGCGGUAAGCAGUAGCCUACGCUAAGCGAAAUAUAUUUAUCAUUCAUUCAGCAUAUCUCUGAAAAAAAGAAACGUCAGAAAAAACAAGCAUUGCAUCUCUCGGAUUAGAAUAUUCGAGAAAAAGUGAACGUCGCGUCUAAUUAAAUAGUAAAUAUAUAGUGAAUUUCUCUGUUUAUCUGAAGCGCGUCCUAAAAAUUUCCACAAUGGCCGAUGCGACAGCAGAAUGCAACAUCAAGGUGCUCUGCCGUUUUCGUCCGCUGAAUCAAUCGGAAAUCGUACGAGGGGACAAGUUUCUUCCCAAAUUUCAAGCAGACGACACAGUCAUCAUUGGGGGGAAGUCGUAUGUGUUUGAUCGAGUCUUCCCUACCAACACCACCCAGGAGCAGGUCUACAACACCUGUGCCAAGCAGAUUGUGAAAGAUGUGCUGGGAGGGUAUAAUGGCACUAUCUUUGCCUAUGGGCAGACCUCCUCAGGAAAGACCCACACCAUGGAGGGGAAGCUGCACGAUAGACAUGGGAUGGGUAUCAUCCCCAGGAUUGCUGAGGACAUCUUUAACCAUAUCUUUGCCAUGGACGAGAACCUGGAGUUCCACAUCAAGGUGUCCUAUUUUGAGAUCUAUAUGGAUAAAAUCCGUGACCUUUUGGAUGUGACUAAGACCAACCUGGCUGUUCAUGAGGAUAAGAACAGGGUCCCUUAUGUCAAGGGCUGCACUGAGCGCUUUGUCUCCAGCCCUGAGGAAGUGAUGGAUGUGAUUGACGAGGGCAAAGCCAAUCGGCACGUUGCUGUCACCAACAUGAACGAGCACAGCAGCCGCAGCCACAGCAUCUUCCUGAUCAACAUCAAGCAGGAGCACGUGGAGACCGAGCAGAAGCUCAGCGGGAAGCUCUACCUGGUGGACCUGGCCGGGAGCGAGAAGGUCAGUAAGACUGGCGCUGAGGGAGCUGUCCUGGAUGAAGCCAAGAACAUUAACAAGUCCCUAUCCUCGCUGGGCAAUGUCAUCUCAGCCCUGGCUGAGGGAACGAAAACCCACGUGCCGUACCGGGACAGCAAGAUGACCCGAAUCCUGCAGGACUCGCUGGGGGGGAACUGCCGCACCACCAUGUUCAUCUGCUGCUCCCCCUCCAGCUACAACGACGCCGAGACCAAGAGCACCCUGAUGUUUGGACAACGUGCUAAGACCAUCAGGAACACAGCCUCUGUGAACCUGGAGCUGACGGCUGAGCAGUGGAAGAAGAAGUACGAGAAGGAGAAGGAGAAGAACAAGACCCUGAAGGAGACCAUCCAGCGGCUGGAGGCGGAGCUCAACCGCUGGCGUAAUGGAGAGAAUGUUCCGGAGACGGAGCAGCUGAGCCCGGGAGCCAUUAAGCUGGAGCCCAGUGAUGAGCCGCCGCUGGAUAACAGCUCCUCCAUCGUGGUGAGGAUCUCUGAGGAGGAGCGCCACAAGUACGAGGAGGAGAUCCGCAAGCUGUACAAGCAGCUGGACGACAAGGAUGAUGAGAUUAACCAGCAGAGCCAGCUUGUUGAGAAGCUGAAGGAGCAGAUGCUGGACCAAGAUGAGCUCCUGGCCUCCACCCGUGGGGACAGUGAGAAGGUGCAGACGGAGCUGGGCCGGCUGCAGAUGGAGAGCGACUGCGCCAAGGCGGAGGUGAAGGAGGUGCUGCAGGCCCUGGAGGAGCUGGCCGUCAACUACGACCAGAAGAGCCAGGAGGUGGAGGACAAGAGUCUGCAGAACAAGCUGCUGGCCGAGGAGCUGGCCCAGAAAAUGUCCCACCUGAUGGCGAUCGAGUCGGAGCUGUCCCGCAUCCAGGAAGUGAGCGGGCACCAGAGGAAGCGCAUCGCCGAGGUGCUCAACGGCCUGAUGCGCGACCUCAGCGAGUUCAGCGCCAUCGUGGGGAACGGCGAGAUCAAGCUGCCGGUGGAGAUCAGCGGGGCGAUCGAGGAGGAGUUCACCGUGGCGCGUCUCUACAUCAGUAAGAUAAAGUCGGAGGUGAAGUCCAUGGUGAAGCGCUGCAGGCAGCUGGAGAGCCUGCAGCUGGAGUGCCAUCGCAAGAUGGAGGAGACCGGCCGAGAGCUGUCCUCCUGCCACCUGCUCAUCUCACAGCAUGAGGCGAAGAUUCGCUCGCUGACGGAGUACAUGCAGAAUGUGGAGCUGAAGAAGAGGCAGCUGGAGGAUAACUAUGAUUCUCUGAGUGAGGAGCUCGCCAAACUGCAGGCCCAAGAAACCGUGCAGGAGGUGUCCAAGAAGGAGAGGCAGAAGGACAUCGAGGAAUCAGGCGAUGUCAAGAGGGCCCUGGAGCAGCAGAUGGAGUCUCACCGCGAGUCCCACCACAAGCAGCUGGGCCGCCUGCGUGAUGAGAUCAACCAGAAGCAGAAGAUCAUCGAUGACCUCACUGAUCGGAAUCAGAAGUUGCAGUUGGAGCUGGAGCAGCUGCGCUCUGACUUUGAGCGGCUGAAGAGCCAGGAGCACCGCAAGAGCGCACAGCUGGAGGAGCUGACAUUUCUCCAUGAGCGUCACGAGCAGUCCAAGCAGGAUCUUAAAGGGCUGGAGGAGACCGUGGCCCGGGAACUCCAGACCCUCCACAACCUGCGCAAGCUUUUUGUUCAAGACCUUACAACUCGAGUCAAAAGAAGUUCAGAGAUGGAGCCUGAUGAUAGUGGGGGGUAUACCACACAAAAACAGAAGAUUUCCUUUCUUGAGAACAACCUGGACCAGCUUACAAAAGUUCACAAACAGCUGGUACGUGACAAUGCAGAUCUGCGUUGUGAGCUUCCUAAACUGGAGAAACGUCUUCGGUCUACGGCUGAGAGGGUUAAGGCCCUGGAGGGCGCACUGAAGGAGGCCAAGGAGGGCGCCAUGAAGGACCGGCGGCGCUACCAGCAGGAGGUGGAGCGCAUCAAGGACGUCAUGCGGUCCAAGAACCCGCUGCGGCGCCCCCACGCUGCGCAGAUCGCAAAGCCAAUCAGGCCUGGACACUACCCAGCCUGCUCCCCCACCAACCCCCUGUUCGCCCGCCCCAGCGAUCAGCCAAUCACCUUCAGCAACGUGCUGUUCCACGGCCCCGCCCAGCCCGCCGCUCCUGCCCUUCCCUCCGCCCCUAGCGCGCCUGCCCACGCCCCCAGCCCCGCCCCCAGCAGCACGCUUCCAGCUGAUGUCAGCAACAGCACGGUGAAAUCUACAGAACCCCUGGACUCCUACCAGAUUAAUGUGGACAAUGGAAACGCCACAGACAUCAAUGAUAACAGAAGCGAUGUGCACUGCAGCAGUGCAGCAGAGGACCCGGCUAAGCUCUACGUCAUCCAGCAGGAGACCGCAGCCAGCUAGUGGAACAGUGAACAGUUCUUCCAAGGCCUUUCCUGUACAUCCGCAUGCUGCCCGUCAGCUUCUCCCUGAUCCCUUCAUCCUCUCCUCCUUCAGUUCCUCCACCUCUCCCUCCUUCCUGCUGCCCAUAGCCUCUUUCCCUCUGUUAUCUGUAGGUACAGUGAAAAAACGUCUGCAUAGAAACCGUGGCAACAUGCUGUAGCUCAGCUCUGAAGACCAGCAGUCUGCUUGCCCUUUGACCUUCUCGGGGGGGGGGUGUUGGGGGGGGUGCAGUGUCAAUGUAUGCUGCUCCUCUCUUUCUUGAAAAUGCAGCAAAGCAAACUCUUUUUGUGAAGUUGAUUUUAGAAGACCCCCCCCCCUCAAAAUUCCUGUAAGUUUGGCUUUGCAUUCACCUUAAUGUUGUAGGAUCCUGGGUAUGGGGGGGGGGCUUAGUAUGGGGUAUCUGUGCUCUACCUUUUGGGUGUGGGAAGAUUUUUAACAUGGAAAUAAUAAUUAUUUGAAUGAAACGACAUCACAGACCUAAUGGAAGAAAUGUGUCUCUCUGGAUGAGUACCAAUAGCAGGGAGAUCUGUGUGAGCAGGUCUCUCUAUAGUCUCUCUAUAAUGGUAAUCUCUCUAUAAUGGUAAUCUGUCUAUAAUGUUAAUCUCUCUGUAAUGUUAUUCUAUUUAUAAUGUUUUUAUGGGAAAGUCCAACAGAAGAAUUUACUGUGACCACGGCUCCCAGUUCACACCAAACCCAAAGCUGUCACCCCCCCAACCCCCCGUCCUGUGCUGUGGCUUAGCCUCUGUACAACCGUAUUCUCUUGCAUCGCGCACACACACACACACACACACACACACACACACAC